AUGUCAUGCUUGCUAAAAAAAUUGGGCAGGAAAGUCAUUGUUAUAAAUUUGGACCCAGCUAAUGAAAGGAUGACCUAUGAUUGUGACAUCGAUAUUAGAAAGUUAAUAAUACUAGAAGAAGUUAUGGAUCAAUAUAAUCUUGGACCUAAUGGAGCACUAUUAUAUUGCAUGAAAUAUUUGGAAGAAAAUAUAAGUUGGCUUGUCAAUCAAAUUAAAGGUGAACAUGGUACUAAUUUUGUUUUUGACUUACCUGGUCAAGUAGAGCUUUACUGUCAUCAUGAUACUAUCAGAAAUAUUUUUUCAAAAUUAACUGAAAAUGGUAAUUUACAGCUAUGUGUAGUACAUUUAGUAGACUCUCAUCAUUGUUCUGAUGCAGGAAAGUUUAUAGCCGCUUUAAUGCUAUCACUUACUGCAAUGUUGAAGAUUGCUUUGCCUCAUAUUAAUUUACUUACAAAAGUUGAUUUAUUGAAGAAACAUAUGGACAAACUUGAAUUUGGAAUUGAUUUCUACACUGAAGUUUUGGAUUUAAAUUACCUCUUGGACAGCUUGGAUAGUGAUAAUUUUACAGCUAAAUAUAAAAAACUAAACAGUGCUUUAAUAUCUAUUAUUGAAGAUUACAGUUUAGUGUCAUUUCAACUUGUAAAUAUUUUUAAAGAAGAAAGCCUAAUGUCUGUUAAAAAUUUGGUUGAUAAAGCUAAUGGGUAUGUGUUUAAGGCAGAAGAGGGUAGGCAUAUUAAUAGUAUGUUGGCAUGCGCUAUGGGUAUUAAUGAGCCCAAUGAUGUUGAUAACUUGUAA